CGCCGCCGCCGCCGCCGCCGCCGCCGCCGCUACGCGAGGCCGGGGAUCGGGAGGGACCCGCAGGCCGCGCCCCCGACCCCGGCCUGGCCCGGCCCAGCCUCGGCUCCGACCCCGGCCGCGGAGGAGGACGAGGACGAGGAGGGGGAGGAGCCGCAGCACGGGGCGGCGAGGGAGGGAGCGGAAGGGGAAAGCGACCCCCGGCAGGCCCCAGAACUCUUCAUCCUAGGAGCCAAGCUCUCCCUGCUUACCCUGUCUGGCACACCACUGAUUAGAGAAUCUUUGCCAGUCAAGUACAGGACACUGUCCAGUGCUUUUGUGUCCAUUUGGUCAGUGACUUGAGAAUUAGCUUAAGAAGGAACGUUUUGCUGUGCCUCUGAUGUCCUAGAGAUUUAGCUCUGGACUAAGGCUUCUGCCACUUACUACAGUGGACAACUCUUUCAGUGUGUUUUGUCACCUCAAGCGGGAAGCUGAAGCCGUUACUGUCAAAACCCUGUUUCUUCUUCCCAAGCAUGUCAGAAAGCUGGCAGCAGCAGCCUCCCCCACCGGCCCCACCGCAGCAGCCCCCGCCUCCCCCGCAGCAGCAGCAGCACCAUGCUGAGCCUCCCCCUGCCCUGGCGGAACACUCCAUACCCCCAAGUGCAGCCGAGAACCCCCUGGGCUGUGCCGUCUAUGGCAUCCUCCUGCAGCCGGACCCCAACUUACAGCACCACCAGCACCCCCCCUUGCAGGCCCCUGCGGAGCCGUCCCACAAAUGUGGGGUAUGUGGCCAUGACCUGACCCACCUCUCCAGCCCCCAUGAGCACCAGUGCCUGCCCGGCCAUGACCGAUCCUUCCAGUGUACUCAGUGCCUGAAGAUCUUCCACCAGGCCACUGACCUCCUGGAGCACCAGUGCAUCCAGGUGGAGCAGAAGCCCUUCGUGUGCGGCGUGUGCAAGAUGGGCUUUUCGCUGCUCACCUCCUUGGCGCAGCACCACAACGUGCACAGUGGCAGCGUGAUGAAGUGCUCCAUCUGUGAGAAGACCUACAAGCCGCCGGAGCCCGCACAGCCGGCGCCGGCGCCCGAGCCCGUGGAGAAGCCAUACAGCUGCUCCAUCUGCCAGAAGCCCUUCAAGCACCUGUCGGAGCUGUCCCGGCACGAGCGCAUCCACACGGGCGAGAAGCCCUACAAGUGCACGCUGUGCGACAAGAGCUUCAGCCAGUCUUCCCACCUGGUGCACCACAAGCGCACGCACAGCUCCGAGCGGCCCUACAAGUGCACCGUGUGUGAGAAGACCUUCAAGCACCGCUCGCACCUGGUGCGCCACAUGUACGCGCACUCGGGGGAACACCUCUUCAAGUGCCCAGCCUGCGAGCUGCACUUCCGGGAGUCCUCAGAGCUGCUCCAGCACGCGUGCACUCCCAGUGGCGAGCGGCCCUUCCGCUGCGGCGAGUGCCAGAAGGCCUUCCGCAGGCCCUCGGACCUGCGGCAGCACGAGCGCACGCACAGUGAGGAGCGGCCCUUCCAGUGCGACCUGUGUCAGAUGAGCUUCAAGCAGCAGUAUGCGCUGCUGCGGCAUCGGCGCACGCACAAGGCCCCUGGCACCUCCCCUGAACCCUUCAAGUGUGCACUGUGUGAGAAGGGCUUCGCCCAGCCCGGCCACCUGGUCUACCACCAGCACGUGCACAGCCUCGAGAGCAUCUUCAAGUGCGGCGUCUGCCAGAAGGGCUUCGACCAGUCAUCGGAGCUGCUGCGGCACAAGUGCGCCCAGAGUGCCGAGCGCCCCUUCAAGUGCACCGUCUGUGCCAAGGCCUACAAGCGUGCCUCGGCCCUGCAGAAGCACCAGCUGGCCCACUGCGCCGAGAAGCCCCUGCGCUGCACGCUCUGUGAGCGCCGCUUCUUCUCCUCCUCGGAGUUUGUGCAGCACCGCUGCGACCCGGCCCGGGAGAAGCCCCUCAAGUGCCCCGACUGCGACAAGCGCUUCAAGUACGCCUCAGACCUGCAGCGACACCGGCGCGUGCACACGGGCGAGAAGCCCUACAAGUGCCCCUCCUGCGACAAGGCCUUCAAGCAGCGCGAGCACCUUAACAAGCACCACAGCGUGCACGCCCGUGAGCAGCAGUACAAGUGCGUGUGGUGUGGGGAGCGCUUCCUGGACCUAGGGCUGCUGCAGGAGCACAGCACCCAGCACACCGCAGAGGGCGCCUACCAGGUGGCUGCCUGUCUGCCCUGAGCGCCUCGUACCCUGGCGCUUGGGCCAGCCUGCCCACCGGGCCUUCCUCCCUGUACCGUGUCUUCAAUGAGGUGUCUGUGAAACCACUGGGCUGCGGCAGGGGAACAUGCCUCAGCCCCCCUCAGUCCGUGGCUCAGAGCCUGAGCUGACCUGGGCAGGUGUGGCCUCGACAAGCUUCCCACCGCCCAGCAACAGGUUUGCAGCCUUCUAGUGGCACUGGUCCUUUGAGGGCCAGUUAGCCCCCUCUCUGUGAGAGAAGUUCAGAGCCACACCCAAUCAGAAACCAGUCUUUUCCUCUUCCUCAGCCCCCCGGAAGUGGAAGACCAGCCUGCCAGGCCCUUCCUGAUUUUUUCCAGCCUAAAUAGAAAUGAAACCGGGCCAUGAAGAGCUGUCAUGUGGCCUGUGAGAAUACUGCGGCAGUGCUCGCUGAUAGGUGGAGGUCUGCUUUGACCUGGGCAUCGGGUGGAUGGUGUGUCCCAGCAGCAGGGGAGCCUUGGCAAGGGUCCUCCUCUACUCUCGGCAGCUCCAGAAAGCAGAACCAAACGGAGCAGUCAGCUGUAGAGGUCAGCCCUAUAGGAGGCUGGUGGCUGUCCACAGGAGUUGUCACAAGGGCACUAUUUCUGACUGUUCAAAUAGGAAACAAGACAAAGGCUCCGUUAGCGUUGGGAGAAAAGGAUUGAGAGCCUUUCCUAACAGGGGAGGAAGCCCCUCUCUUACUGAGGGUUAAAAGAUCAAUUUCCCUAUUUUAAGGGCAACUUCUCCUCCUGCCAUCCUGGGGUUGCUUAGCACUUCAUAAUAUGUUCUUUUAAAGUGGCAUGCCUCUGCAGGGCUGGACCACUGUGUGUGAUAACCAGAAUGCAUGGACACUACAGGUGAUGAAAAAUCAAAGGGCAGAGAAUGUUACCAGUGACUUUUGUUUUUGUUUUUUCUGCUGGGGCAUCAGUUCUCCUGUCCCUUUCUUAUUUAAAUAACAAUGUUAGGAGGCUUCUAGUCAGAUUGAAUGGGUGGGAGCUAAGCUUUGCCCAGUGUCCUGCCUUCAUGGUCAAGGCCAGGUUUGGUCUUGUAAGUUUGUAGGUAGUGGGAAGGGCAGACUUUCAAAGGAGAGUCUGGUUGGGGUAUCAGGAGUGAGCAUUGUCCCUGGGUAGUCCUUCUGUCCCUUGACCCCUUCUUUCCUCUCCGUGUGAAUGAUUCUAUUGAGUUGUGACAAGAAAGGAGCAUUCUGUAGCCAGCAACCUGGGUGGCCCUAUUUGUCUAAGCUGAUGCAGCCCCUAUUGCGGAUGUCACACAACCAAGGAUGCUUCGUUCAAUGUCUGGAUACUUCCUGGGUCAGAGAGGUGAUUCCUGGAGUUCACUCUGGCUGCUUGUGGGGCAUUUUGAAUCUUGGGGGGAGGGGGGAGGUGGAAGGAGGAGACGAUGGGGAAGAGUAGAAGAAGGGCAAAUGGAUAUUUAAGUGGAGCAAAGACAGAUCACCAACCUGAUACCCACAUGGCCAGAGCCGGCCCCAUGCAUGCUUCUUGCCAUAUUUAAUGGUAUGGUAGGCCUCUCAGCUUCUCUUCAGAAACCAUUUAUCCAGUCUGACUGGUUAGAGAUCAAGUUUGGCCUACUCAUGCCCCCAAGAGAAUACCAGGAAAUUUGGUGCAAACUGGGAGAGACGAAAUGGUUUGUUUUUUAACCAGCAUCCCAUUCUCCUCACUCCCACUCUACCUGUCCAUGGUCCUGGCUCUUGAAAGAGGAGCAGAUGCAGUCUGGUGGAGCUGUCCUCGAUCUCACCUUUAAGGAGUGUAAAACAGAUCUCCUCCUCUUCCUCUUCUCCAUGAGCCCCACUUCCAGGCCAGCCCUCAGGGAGGGGCCCCUCUUUCCCAUUUGACUGUUAAGCUCUGUACUUUACGCUGCCUCCAGAGACAUAGAACCUGACCUUACAAAGUUCCUGUCGGCUCUUUUUCAUUUUGCUUUCUAAAAGCAGUUUGUUAAUAUUCACAAAAUUGUAUAGUUUAAUUUCAUGUCAUUUUGGAACUUCUAUAAAAAAAGGUGCAAAAAAGAA